AUGCUCAGCUCCAUUGCAUCACUGGCGACGUCGGGAGUGCUCCUCUUUGUGGUUGCAACUGCCACCUUUGUUCCCGAUGGAUCGUGGCCCACUAGCAAAGGCGCUGUGAAGUACGCGAGCCCCUACAUCGUCAAGGCUGGCGAGGUGUUUGACGGCAAGAUGAAGACAUACGAGCGCUCGAACGUCAAGUGCUCGGGUGGUAGAGGCCAACGAGACACGGCCGUUUUCUUUGUGGAGGCCGGUGGUACCCUAAGGAAUGCCAUUAUUGGCGAGAACCAGAAAAGGGGUGUGCAGUGCAACAACCACGACUGUGUCGUUGAGAACGUCUGGUGGAACGACGUCUGCGAAGGAGCAGUGACCAUCCAUGGCGGAACAGCGUCGAGCGUAUCAAAAGUGAUCGGUGGCGGUGCCAGGUAUGCCGACGAUAUGGUCGUUCAGCACAAUGGCCACGGCAAGGUUGCGAUCAUGGGCUUCUACGCUGAGGACAUCAGCAAGCUCUAUCGCUCAUGUGGUACGUGUGGCAAGGUGACCCGUCAAGUGACGGUGACCAAUGUGUACAUUGUGAACCCGACCAACGCAAUUGUGACGGUCAACAAGAAUUGGGGCGACCGUGCGACGCUGAGGAACGUCCACAUCAAGCCGAGUCAGAACGCCGUCGCGAGGGUAUGUCAGUGGAUGCAGAGCAGCGUCGAUGGGAGACCCAAGAUGGUGGGUCACGGCCCUUUGAAUUCGCUGUGCCAGUACUCAGAGAGUGAUGUGCGUAUCAACAAGGGCACUCACCGUAUCGCGCAUGUUCCGGCCAACUCGGACAGCUCGGACGAUGUCACGCAGUCAGCCGUGCAGGAAUCCAUGGAGGACCCGAACGGUGCCAAAGAAGUCGCCACGCCGUCUCUCCGAAAGACUGACGAGCAGCCGAACGUUGCGAAAAUCCAGACGCCUUCAGUGAAGGCUCCCGCCUCCAAAAGUGGCAACGGCAAUCUCCCUGCUACCACCAAGUCCACGGCGUCGGUACCAGACGGUUCGUGGCCCGCCAGCAAGGGCGCCGUCUUGUACAAUGCCCCGUACGUGAUCAAGGCUGGUCAGGUGUUCGACGGUCAGAUGAAAACGUACGAGCGUUCAAACGUCAAGUGCUCGGGGGGAGAGGGACAGAAGGAAGCGUCCGUAUUCAUCGUGGAGGCUGGUGGUACACUAAAGAAUGCCAUCAUUGGCAAGAACCAGAAGGAGGGUGUGCAUUGCAACAAACAUGACUGCAAAAUUGAGAACGUGUGGUGGGACGACGUGUGCGAGGACGCAAUCAGCGUCAAGGGCGGGACUGCGGCAAGCGUGACCACUAUCACCAACUGCGGGGCGCGCCACGCUGACGACAAGAUCGUUCAGCACAACGGCCACGGAACGGUCAAAAUCAAUGGUUUCUUUGCGCAGGACUUCGGCAAGCUCUACCGCUCGUGCGGCACGUGCGGAAACAUUCCUCGCAAGGUCACGGUUGAGAACUUGUACGCCAUCAACCCAUUGGUGAGCGUCGUCACAAUGAACAAGAACUACAACGACCAGGCCAUACUGAAAAACAUCCAUGUGAAGUCCAGCAAGUCGAACGUCAAGGUGUGCGAGUGGUCACAGGGCGGCAGCAAGCCGUCCAAUCUUGGCAACGGUCCGUCGGGCAAGCUCUGCCAAUACUCGACGAGCGAUGUGCACAUCGACAAGGAGUGA